GGGUGCUGUCGCUCUCGGCUUGGCACGCGUCGGAUGCAGCCCCAGACAGAACGGCGGAGUCCCGGGGGCGUCCCGCGCAGGUGCAUGGGAUGAAGGGAACCUGACGCCCAUCCACACCGGAGAGGAUACACCGGGUGCUGCCGGCGGGGCCACACGGAGCUGCCUGCCAUGAGCCGGGCACUGCUGUCCAGCAGGAUGCACCCCGAGGGCCGCAGCGUCUGCGUCUUCCUGCCUGACCGGGAGCAGCUCAGCCUGACGGUGGGGGUCAAAGCCACAGGACAGGAGCUCUUCCAGCAAGUUUGUGAUUUAGUGAAGAUUAAAGAGCCUCACUUCUUUGGCCUCAGCAUUGUUAAAAAUAAUGAAUAUGUUUUCAUAGACCUGGAGCAGAAGCUUAGCAAAUACUUCUCAAAGGAAUGGAAGAAAGAAACCAGCAAAGGAACAGAGAAAUUCAUCCCUCCUUUUGUUGCAUUCUUUAGAGUACAAUACUAUGUAGAAAACGGAAGGGUAAUAAGUGAUAAGGUGGCAAGGCAGCUCUACUACUGCCAUCUCAAAGAGCAAGUACUUAUAUCUCGGUGCAACCACAAAGAAGAAAUCUACUUCCUGCUGGCUGCCUACAGUUUACAGGCAGACUUGGGAAACUACAGGGAAGAGGUCCAUACUGGGAAAUAUUUUGAACCUCAAGCAUAUUUUCCACAAUGGAUAAUUGCGAAGAGGGGGAGUGAUUACAUCUUGAAACAUGCCCCAGAGAUGCACCGAGAACAGCAAGGCUUGAGUGCAAAGGAAGCUGUGCUGAAGUUCAUUAAGGAGUCCUGCUUGUUGGAAGAUGUGCCUGUCCACUUCUACAGGCUGCAGAAGGAUAAGAAGGAGGAUCGCCCAACGGUUAUCCUGGGCCUGACCCUUAGAGGAAUGCACAUCUAUCAGGAGGUGAACCAUGUUCGUCAGCUACUCUAUGACUUUCCCUGGUCACACAUUGGGAAGCUAGCAUUUUUGGGGAAAAAGUUUGAGAUCCAGCCUGAUGGUUUGCCCUCUGCACGGAAACUGGUUUACUACACAGGCUGCCCCUUCAGGUCACGGCACCUGCUGCAGCUCCUCAGCAACAGCCAUCGGCUCUUUCUAAAUAUCCAGCCAGUGUUGAAGCAAAUCCAAAAGCUGGAGGAGGCUGAAGAGAAGAAGCGCUACCGGGAGUCCUAUAUCAGUGACACUCUGGACAUGGACCUGGACCCAUGUGAUAAGAACUCACGUGGCAGUGGGAGCAGUGGAGGCAGCAGGAGAGAUAAUCGUCUCUCACGCCAGUCUACGGGGAGUCAUGGCAGCUCUCACACAUCGGGCAUUGAGGCUGACUCAAGGCACCGUGUGUCAGUAGAAAUGUCAGUGGAUGAGCCCUUUGGUAUUGACCGGGUGCACAGGAAAGAGAAAUCCUGCAGCUCAACUAUCAGCUACGGUAGCUCUGGCAUUGACAGUGGCAGCAAAGGAAGGGCUGAAGAUGACUCUCAGGAUGAUGAUAUUGAGCUGGCAGUAGAUGAGCCAGAGGAGGUGCCUGUAGAUGAGCCUUUAGAGGGAGACCAGUUAGAGGAGGCCACUGUGGGAGAAUCUGUUGAAUCUCUUCCUCUAGAUGCUGCUAGCUGCCAAGCUAUAAAUCAAGAAUCACUGCCUGUGGUGCAAGUCACACUAAUAAAAAUGAGAGGUCAGAGUGUGGAGUCCCUUCAGCAGGUCAAGUCACCCAAGGGCAGGAGCUGCACAGACCAGCACAGCCAGAGUUUGGAUGACAUUCGCCUCUACAAACACCGGCAUCCACCACUAAGUGCCACGCUGUCGUCGGACACGUCCCACAGCUACACGUUUGGCUGCAGUCUGGAAGAUAAACUGGCUGUCUAUGGCUGUGUUUAUUCCACAGCAGACUGCAAAACCAAGUCUGCCCUUUAUGGGAAGCGAUCCAUGAACUGCCUCUCCUUGGAUCUUCUGGGAGAGGACCAGCUGCCAGAGGAGUUUGUGGUGUAAGGAGACUGGAGCUCUUCCAUACCCAGGGAAACAGCUCAUUGUGGAAAUAUAUACCUCAUUAACACAUGUGAUGUCACUGGUUCUUGCAGGAGAUUGAGCAGCUUUGUUACUCAACUCCCUAAUCAGUAAGUGGCAUCGCUUCUGCAGACCUGUCUACAGGGCAAAUCAACUGGAGUGGAGCACUUAGUGUUGGCAUUGAAGUAUCUGUUGAGCAGAAACUGGAAGUGGCCUGCACCAUUAGCAGUGACCAGAAAAGCCCCACAAAACAGCAGGCCAAAAUUGAUACUUAACUGGCGAAACAAACACUGUGUAUAAAUGAUUUAUCAAAAAUAAAUAUAAAAGGUCCAUGUCA